AUUGGGCAGGUAGUCCACAGAGGUGAAUGAUCAAGGUGUUGAAGGAGCUCCAUAGAGCAGGUGCUGAACCUUUUCAGGAGGGCCUAAGGCAAUGGCAGGAGGAGCAGGAGAGGAAGGUGCGAGCCCUCUCAGAGAUGGCAUCUGAACAACUGAAGCGGUUUGAUGAACGGAAGGAACUGAAGCAGCAUAAAGAAUUCCAGGACUUGCGGGAAGUAAUGGAGAAAAGCUCGAGAGAAGCCUUGGGACACCAAGAGAAGCUAAAAGCUGAGCACCGUCACAGAGCAAAGAUUCUCAACCUGAAGCUGCGGGAGGCAGAGCAGCAGCGCGUGAAGCAAGCGGAGCAGGAGCGGCUUCGGAAGGAAGAAGGCCAGGUCCGCCUGCGGGCCCUCUAUACUCUGCAGGAGGAAAUGCUGCAGCUCAGCCAGCAGCUGGAUGCUUCUGAGCAGCACAGAGGCCUGCUUAAGGUCGACCUGGCUGCCUUUCGGACCCGAGGCAACCAGCUAUGCAGCCUCAUCUCAGGGAUCAUCCGGGCCUCUUCAGAGAGUGGCUGUCCUACAGCAGAGAGCCAAGCUGAGGCUGAGCGAGCUCUGCAGGAAAUGCGGGACCUCCUUACGAACUUGGGGCAGGAGAUCACCAGAGCCUGCGAAGACAAGAAGAGGCAGGAUGAAGAGGAGGCCCAGGUAAAGCUGCAAGAGGCACAGAUGCAGCAGGGACCAGAGGCCCACAAAGAGUCCCUGGCUUCCAGCCAGGGCCCAGGAGGGAAACAGAUUGAAGACCUCCAGGUGAAGGUACAAGACAGUACAAUGCAGUGGUACCAGCAGUUGCAGGAUGCUUCCAUGAAGUGUGUGUUGACCUUUGAGGGCCUGACCAACAGCAAGGACAGUCAGGCCAAAAAGAUAAAAAUGGACCUCCAGAAGGCUGCUACCAUCCCAGUGAGCCAAAUCUCUACCAUUGCAGGCUCAAAACUGAAGGAGAUCUUUGACAAGAUCCACAGCCUGCUCUCUGGAAAACCUGUUCAAUCUGGUGGGCGCUCUGUGUCUGUCACACUUAACCCACAGGGGCUGGACUUUGUUCAAUACAAACUGGCAGAGAAAUUUGUGAAACAAGGCGAGGAGGAAGUGGCCUCUCACCAUGAAGCAGCAUUCCCCAUUGCAGUUGUGGCGUCCGGGAUCUGGGAGCUCCACCCCAGAGUAGGGGACCUCAUUCUUGCUCAUCUACAUAAGAAGUGUCCUUACUCUGUUCCUUUCUAUCCCACUUUCAAGGAGGGAAUGGCUUUGGAAGACUAUCAGAGGAUGCUUGGCUACCAAGUAACGGAUUCCAAAGUGGAGCAGCAAGACAACUUUCUAAAACGCAUGUCAGGGAUGAUUCGUCUCUAUGCUGCCAUCAUCCAGCUCCGGUGGCCAUAUGGAAACCGACAAGAGAUUCACCCUCAUGGCUUAAAUCAUGGAUGGCGCUGGUUGGCACAGAUCUUAAACAUGGAACCCUUGUCAGAUGUGACGGCCACCCUCCUCUUUGACUUCCUGGAGGUGUGUGGGAAUGCCCUCAUGAAGCAGUACCAGGUUCAGUUCUGGAAGAUGCUAAUUCUCCUCAAAGAGGACUACUUUCCCAGAAUUGAAGCUAUCACAAGCUCAGGACAAAUGGGUUCCUUCGUACGCCUCAAGCAGUUCUUGGAGAAAUGUUUGCAACACAAGGACAUUCCUGUCCCCAAGGGCUUUCUGACUUCUUCCUUCUGGCGCUCCUGAUGUCACUCCAUCACCCACCAUCACCAUUAUGUUGCAAAGAGGCAAUAAUAAAGGAACUAAAGACA